AUGUCUCACCUUCAGUAUUUCUCCUACAAGGGCGUUGGUGAGAAGAACCGUCAGAACUUCAAGUACAGCCAAGCUGUCAGAAUCGGAGACCGGAUCGAAUGCGCCGGCCAAGGUGGUUGGAACCGUGAGACCGGCGAGUUUUACCGGGAAAUCAAUCAACAAAUCGACCAAGCGUUCGCCAAUGUCGAGCACAACUUGAAGGAUGCUGGUGGUGAAGGCUGGAACCAGGUUUUCCGCGUCAACUCGUACCAUGUGCCCAUUAAUGACGAAGCAUUGGCAGCCAUGGUGCGCAACUUUGAGAAGUACAUGCCCGGUCAUCAGCCCAUCUGGACUUGUGUCGGUGUUCCUCGUCUUGGUGAGGAUGAUAUGCGUGUGGAAAUUGAGGUCGUUGCCCAUGUACCUAAUUGA